CCCAGCCCUCAACCCUCAGUGUCCACUUCACUGGUUAUUGGUGAGGACUGUUAUAUCAACUCCUUAACAACCCCCCAUUUCUUGGUGGUAUUUAGCACCGUUCUCUACAUAAAAGAGUAUACAGUACUGUACUGUAAUGAUGUAUUGACUAAGAUUUGAGAGUAAAUCCAUCUUAAACAAUUAUGGAUUGCAUAAAUGAUCAAGCAGAAUGGAUUGCGUACCUUAGUCGAGCCAUUAAACGCACGCGUACUAUGGCCGUAUGGAGUUCUGUACCUUGGUUUAUAGGAUGGGCAACUCUAACUGUGAUGGGCCCAGUUGUUGCGGUGCGACUUGUGUAUAGAGUUGUUCAGGCAGUAGUAUCUCGGGCCUUUUUUAAUGACAAGGCUUUGUGUGGGAAGGUCGUUCUGAUCACUGGUGCUAGUUCUGGCCUCGGAGAAGCCAUAGCACACAGCCUUUAUAAACGAGGCGCUCGAUUGAUUCUAGCAUCACGUAAUACAGAUAAACUAAAUGAGCUGAAAGAAACCUUAUUAAAAACUUACAAGCCUCCAGAGCUACAUGUUCCCACAGUUGUCAAGUUGGACCUGGAGGAUUUGCAUAGUAUUCCAGAGAUUGUGGACAAUCUCCUAAAGACUCAUGGACAUGUAGAUGUUCUUAUCAACAAUGCUGGCAUUUCAUAUCGAGGCGCAGCCAUGGAGACUGACAUCAGUGUUGAUAUUAAGCUGAUGGUUGUAAAUUACUUUGGACAAGUUGCUUUAACUAAAGCUGUCCUUCCCAGCAUGGUGAGAAGACAGUCGGGUCACAUUGUGGCUAUCGGUAGUGUUCAGGGCAGGCUGGCCAUACCAUACAGAUCAUGCUACACUGCCUCAAAACAUGCCCUACAGGGCUUUUUUGACUCGCUUCGUGCCGAGGUCUCUGGUAGUAGAGUGCUUGUAUCUGUAGUUAGCCCAGGAUACAUCUCCACGAAUCUCUCUCUAAAUGCUGUUACUGGUGAUGGCUCAACGUAUGGUGCUAUGGAUGCAACUACAGCUUCUGGCACAAGUCCAGAAAAAGUUGCCGAGCACAUCGUUGGGUGUAUAACAAAUGGACACGAAGAACUGGUGUUGGCUCCGUUGUCACACCAACUAGCUAUAGUUCUGCGCACGCUUGCCCCAUCACUUCUCUCACGGCUCAUGAAAAGUCGUGCUGGUAAUCAAAAGAAUGUGUAUGUGCAUAAGGAAGAUUAAAAAAAAAUUAACACUGUUAAAGUGUGAUCUUAAUUUUCUUAAGCAUCUCGACUGUGUCCUUUAAGUUAAUGUUUACGAUGCAACCUUCAACAACACUGAGGACCACAUUCACAGUCCAGAAUGGCAGCACCAACUAGUGGCUAUUGCUGUCCUUCGCACUUCUGUUUUUUUUACUUUAGACUAAUAAGCCUGAAGCUUCUGUUAAAAAAAUAAAGAACUUGCCUUUCAUUUGUUAUGUUAAUAAUUAUAAAUAGAAAAUUAAAGUUAAAAUAACUGGCAGUCACACUGGAUUCUAAAUAUGGCCAUAAAUAAGGAAUUUAGUAUGUUCUUAUUGUCGGUAGGAUUUGGGCUUAUCGUCAAAUUGGAACUGAAGAUUAUUCUGUGCAAUUGUAUGUAAUUGCAUUAAAUACUAGACUACUCUGGUUAUGAAUUCUAAUACAAGCUUUUUAAACAUUUAGCCAUUUAGAGAUUUUAUAUAUGAGCAACACACACUUAUGAAUUUUGAAAAUUAUACAGAAUUUAGAUUUUGAACUUUGCUGUAUGCAGUACUGUAUUGGAAUAUGUUAUAUAAUACAAUUAUAAUAGUGUGCAGUAUGUAUAGGCAAGUACUAAAUAUUGACUCGAG